GAUGACCAUGGGAACGCCUGACCUUUAUGGCUCCGCUGACCCCUACCAGAGGGCACCAAGGUCACCCAAGAGAGGAGGAGGAGGAGGAGGAGGAGGAGGAGGAGGAGGAGGAGAGGAGGAUAGGUGUAAAUCCCCGGCGUCCGAUCAAGGGGGCAGAGAAAUCGGAUCAUCUACAUUUUACCUCCGGAGAGAAGAGGAGGAGGAGGAGGAAGGGGGGGAGGAGGAGGAGGAGGAGGAGGGGAAGAAGAAGAAGAAGAAGAAGAAGAUGUUUGAAGGGAGAAGUAUUAAGAGGUUCUUCUCCUUUAAGCUGGAGAGGAAGGAGGAAGAGGAGGAGGAAGAGGAGGAGGAGGAGGAAGACUCAAAGAACAGCCCACAAGUAGAAGAAGAAGAAGAGAAUAUAGAAAAUAACAAUAAUAAUAAUCUAGUCAUUACCAAUAGCAGCGAAUCGACCAAUCAGAGCGCAGGGAUCUCAACUCCAACAAGCCCAGCAGCCAAUCAGAACGCAGGCAGCCCUCAAGCCACCUCCCAAACACAAACAAACCCAGCAGCCAAUCAGAACGCAGGUAGCCCAACCCCAACAAGCCCAGCAGCCAAUCAGAACGCAGGCAGCCCCCAAGCCACCUCCCAAACACACCCAGCAGCCAAUCAGAAUGCAGGCAGCCCUCAAGACUCCUCCCAAACACACCCAGCAGCCAAUCAGAACGCAGGCAGCCUUCAAGACUCCUCCCAAACACAAACAAACCCAGCAGCCAAUCACAGUGCAGGGAGCCCAGACACGCCCCCAGAGCCAGCCAAUCAGAGCCCAGGAGCCGCAGACACGCCUCCAGAAGCGACCAAUGAGAACCCAGAGCCUGAGAAACCCACCAAUCAGAGCCCAGGAAGUCCCAAAACAGCAGAAAAACCAGCCAAUGAGAGUCCAGAGCCCCCAAUAUCGACCAAUCACAGCCCAGAAAGCCCUAAAUAUCCAGCCAAUGAGAGACCAGAACCCCCAGAAUCGACCAAUCGCAGCCCAGGAAGCCCCAAAACAGCAGAAAAUCCCGCCAAUGACAAUCCAGAGCCCACAAAAUCGACCAAUCACAGCCCAGACAGCCCCAAAACACCUCCUGUAUCGGCCAAUCACAGCGCAGAUGCCUCAAAACCGGCCAAUCAGAGCGCAGGGUCAACCGACACUGAGAAUUUGACCACCCAGAGGCCAAAUUUGACCCUGUUUGACCUCGCCGGCAAGCCUACGCGUCCCCCCCGGCGGAAAAAACCCAAAAGUGGUGUCUCAGGGGGGGAAGCGACCCCCUCCACCCCCCCCGUCCGGCCCCCUCCACCCCCCUCCACCCCCUCCUGGUCCCCGGGAAAUACGUACAUGGGAAUACGCACAUGGUUGGCAUACAGGAAGGACAAGCUUGAUGGUUCGUUCAGCCGGUCGCGUUCCAGCAGCAUCAGCAGCCUGGAGAACAUCAGCAGCGAGGCUAUUCAGUGCCUGGCCUUCGCUGACACCUACACCAAAAAGAAUGACAGCACUAUCCUGCCGACACUGUGGGUGGGAACAAGCCUGGGAAGUGUGAUUCAAGUUACUGUUCUUCUGCCGCCGAGUGAUAUCCGCUCCUCAACGCCAGCAUCAGUCAAUCCCAGCGGCACCAUCUUCCGAGUCAAAGGGUCCGUUCUUACUAUGUCAUUCCUGGACUGCUCUGGCUCCCUUAUUCCACAUCAGUUUGAGAGUUGGAGGGAUGCACAGAAGGAGAAGCGGUUGGAACGGACCCCAACUAAGGGCGGGAGUUCCGGUCUUAGUGCCAGUCCUGAGUGCCGUAUGAGUCCCACAAAUUCUGGCACUGAGGGAGUCUCGGGCGGCACUGGGCCUGGGGCGGGGGGGGGCAGCCAGACCCCGCCCCCCCAAAGCUGCUAUGACCGCCAGUUUGUCGUCAUUGCCUCGGAGAAGGUGGCGAGGGUGGUCUCCUUGCCUACCCAGAACUGUGUGUUUAAGCAGACGAUCACCGAGACAUCGUUUGUAGUGAAGGCGGAAGUGGUCUCCAUCAAGGGUCCCGCAAGAUCCAUCCUGGUGCUGUGGUCCAUCUAAGUGACUGCCCUGUGGAACCUGGGAAGCUCCUGAUUGGCUACGAGAGCGGUCAGCUUGUCUUGUGGGACUUCAAAGGGCGCACCGCUGAAGUUCGCUACCAUUCUUGCGAACCACUGAGGUCAGUCUCUUGGCACCACGAGGGGAAGCAGUUCAUGUGCUGCCACACGGAUGGUUCCCUCACCACCUGGACACUGAAGCAGAAUUCCAAUAGGCCUACAUCACAUGUCUUCCCUCAUGGACUCCUGUGACAUCAAGAUCAAGGUCAAGAUCAACGGAAGUAAACAGAGCGACGCUGCGGAGUCUGUCACGCCGCCCACGCCCACACAGUGCCCCCACGCCCACACAGUGCCCCCACGCCCACACAGUGCCCCCACGCCCAUCCAGUGCCCCCACGCCCAUCCAGUGCCCCCACGCCCACACAGUGCCCCCACGCCUCCACGCCCAUCCAGUGCCCCCACGCCUCCACGCCCAUCCAGUUCAGAGUGAGGGCAGUUCUUACCUCAAUGACCUCUCUCAGGUGUCUGCUACGGUGGUGAACCUCCUGCUCCAAACCCAGGAGCAGAGUGAGUCGGAGCUCCAGGACGCACAUGACCAGAUCUCAGACGCACACAGGCAGAUCAGCGCGUACAUGGCACAGCUGGAGGACGCACACAGGGAGCUGGAGGUGUACAAGGACCAGCUGCAGCGAGCGUCUUCCCAGAUCGAGGAGAUGAGGGAGAGGGAGGAGGAGGAGGAGGAGGAGGAGGAGGAGAGGCGGAGGAAGGAGGCAACACUGAAGGAGGAGCAACUAGAAGGCAAAAUUAGAGCGAGAAUCGAGGAAGAGAGAGAGAGAAUCAAAGCAAGCUACGUCGAGCGAGAGAGGAGUGCUGUGGAGCAGGUGGAGCGAGCCGUUAGAGAGAGGUCAGCCUGAUAAAGAGGUAGAAAUUUUGGCCAAGGAGGUCCAGAAGUUGAUGCAGGAUUCUGAAGCGCCCGCCGAGGAUGACAAUUCCCGUGUUCUAAGGAGCGGGUCAACUCAUGACAGAGCUCCUCCUCCUCCUCCUCCUCCUCCUUCUCUCCCGCAUGAUAACAAAGGUGCCUCGAUCCUUGGCCAGCCUGAAGAGUUCUGCGUCCAGGCCCAGACGGUGAGCCUGGUGACUGUCCAGGAGGCAGACAGGGGCAGACAGGGACAGACAGGGACAGACAGGGACGCAGUUUGGAGGCUGGUGAGUAAGACAGCCACUUUGAUUGUGGUGUUCACGU